AUGUGUGAAGAGAAGGGGGAACUCCGGGACGUGCAACUGACUGACUUUUACGACAAAAACUACCAACAAGUGGAGAAUAAAGGCUGCGGGACGACUGGGUCAGACGACUCCCAUGACUUUGUCCUGUGCAAGAACAAGAAAGUGGCGUACCCACUGGUGGGCACUGCCGAGGGCGACUUCUCGUGCGUGGCAGACUGUCCUUCAACUAUGAGAGUAAUGCCUGGCACCACCAACUGUGAAUGUAUCAAGCGUAUGGAGGAGACACGUAGUGAGGAUGUGGUGCAAGAGUGUGUGAAAGAGUGUCCUCUCACCCACUAUGACGACAGCGGCACAUGCAUGGAGUGCAGCAGCUUGUGUCAUGAUGUGAGUUCUGCCGGGAGCAGGGUGUGCACCGGGCCGGCGCCCGACCAGUGCCACGCGUGCUCCUACAGGUCGGCCGACGGGACCUGCACGUCCGGCUGUAACCCCGGGCAGAAGGCCGUGCCAGGGACAUCGGACGGGACCUUCAUCUGUCAAGCCUGCCGGUCUGUGUACAGGUGCGUCAACGGAGACCAGGUGGACGAGAUCUGCCCGGCGGGGACCUACAGUAAUGCCGAGGGGACGGACUGCGACCCGUGCCCCGCGGGACAGUACAGCGGCUCCGCUGGGUCUACAAGCUGUACAAUCUGCCCAGCAGGACAGUUCAGCGCCCGGGCGGAGUCUACCAGCUGCACGGUCUGCCCAGCGGAUACCUUCAGCAGCUCCGCCGGCUCCACCAGCUGCCAGCAAUGCCCGGCUGGGACUGAAAGUACAGCGGGCUCAACUUCCUGCUCCCCAUCUGCCUCAGUUCAGUACUCCGGCUGUCAGGCUGUCAUACUGAGCGGAGACUCCGGUACAAUCACCUCCCCUGGUUACCCGAACAUGUACCCACCCUACCUCCGGUGUUCCUGGACGAUAACUGUCAGCAGGGGAAGGCUGGCCGCCAUCAGGUUUACAGGUUUGGGCAUAGAGUUACACGCUAACUGUUUUUACGACUACCUGACGGUGUAUGACGGCCCCACCUCCAGUGGCACACAGCUCGGCAAAUUCUGCGGUAACACAAUUCCGUCGCCGGUCGUGGCCAGUGGGAGGACCAUGCACCUCGUCUUUAUCUCGGACCAUUCAGUAAGCGGAGCAGGGUUUUCCGUUAAGUAUACGGGAUUACGAACUUUUCUGUGUGAUUCAAACAACGGGACCUGCACGUCUGGCUGUAACCCUGGGCAGAAGGCCGUGCCAUUGACGUCGGACGGAACCUUCAUCUGUCAAGCCUGCCGGUCUGGGUACAGGUGCGUCAACGGAGACCAGGUGGACGAGAUCUGCCCGGCGGGGACCUACAGUAACGCCGAGGGGACGGAUUGCGAUCCGUGCCCAGCGGGACAGUACAGCGGCUCCGCGAGCACAGUGUGUCAGCCGUGCCCAGCAGGACAGUUCAGCCCGCAGUACAGCUCGUCCAGCUGUCAGUCCUGUCCGGCGGGGCAGUUCAGCAACACCACUGGGUCCACCAGCUGUCAGCAAUGCCCGACUGGAACUGGAAGUACCCGGGGCUCCACUUCCUGCUCCCCUCAGUACUCCGGCUGUCAGAAUCCUGCCAUACUGAGCGGAGACUCCGGUACAAUCACCUCCCCUGGAUACCCGGGCAUGUACCCACCCUACCUCCGGUGUUCCUGGACGAUAACUGUCAGCAGGGGAAGGCUGGCCGCCAUCAGAUUUACAGUUUUGCACAUAGAGGCAUCUUAUAGCUGCAGUUACGACUACCUGGCGGUGUAUGACGGCGCCACCUCCAGCGGCACACGGCUCGGCAAAUUCUGCGGUAGCACAAUUCCGUCGCCGGUCGUGGCCAGUGGGAGGACCAUGCACCUUGUCUUCAUCUCCGACCAUUCAAUAGGCGGCGCAGGAUUUUCCGCAGGGUAUACGGGGUUGCGAACCGACUGUAACCCCGGGCAGAAGGCCGUGCUAAGGACGUCGGACGGGACCUUCAUCUGUCAAGCCUGCCGGUCUGGGUACAGGUGCGUCAACGGAGACCAGGUGGACGAGAUCUGCCCGGCGGGGACCUACAGUAACGCCGAGGGGACGGACUGCGACCCGUGCCCAGCGGGACAGUACAGCGGCUCCGCGAGCACAGCGUGUCAGCCGUGUCCAGCAGGACAGUUCAGCCCGCAGUACAGCUCGUCCAGCUGUCAGUCCUGUCCGGCGGGGCAGUUCAGCAACACCACUGGGUCCACCAGCUGUCAGCAAUGCCCGACUGGGACUGGAAGUACCCGGGGCUCCACUUCCUGCUCCCCUCAGUACUCCGGCUGUCAGGAUCCUGCCAUACUGAGUGGAGACUCCGGUACGAUCACCUUCCCUGGUUACCCGGGCAUGUACCCACCCAACCUCCGGUGUUCCUGGACGAUAACUGUCAGCAGGGGAAGGCGGGCCAACAUCAGGUUUACAAGUAUCCAAAUAGAGACACAUAGCAUCUGUAAUUACGACUACCUGGCGGUGUAUGACGGCCCCACCUCCAGCGGCACACAGCUCGGCAAAUUCUGCGGUAGCACAAUUCCGCCGCCGGUCGAGGCCAGUGGGAGGACCAUGCACCUCGUCUUCAUCUCCGACCAUUCAGUAAAUGGUCCUGGAUUUUCCGUUGAGUAUGCGGGCGUGUAGGACAUCUGCCAAGUUCUUCAACUUUCAAGACUGAAGCAACUCGUG